AUGAUGAAGCGUCGGAGAAUUUUCAUGUACUACUGUUUCUGCUUCUUAUUGAAAUAUGUAGCCUUUAGCAAUGUGACAAAUCCUAAUACGACCUUAGGACACUUUGAAAUUUGUAAAAUAAAUAUAUAUUCAGGCGAUGCCGAAGAAUGUGUUUUAGAAAAUGAAUUUGGGAAAAUGUUUUUAUUUAUUUGUGAUAUUGAUUAUAAUGAGAUGUCAAAAAAUAUAGUGCUUCCAUCAGAAUGUGCUAAAAAAACAUAUAUAGAUCAUGUAAACCCAAAUGGAACAUCGCCAGAAGUUAAUACUUAUGAUAUAUUUCCAGAUUUGAUCGGAGCAAAUGAAUCCAAAUUUCGUGAUAAAUUUUAUUUUUAUGGUACCCCAUAUUCAUCUAAAGACAUUGAUUUUAUAUGUUUAUGCUUUUCUGAAGUAAAACCAGAUAUAAAACAUAUAAUAAAAAUGAGUUUUAAAAAAAUGACAAAAAAAAUAAAAGGAUGUGAUUUUGGAGAUAAUGUGCCAACGAAAAAGGAUUUAACAAAUGGGAAAGCACUAUAUGAAAAUUCUAGUUGUCAUAUAUAUGCAUAUCCAGGGGACGUAAUUGGAAUAAAUUGUUAUAAAAAAGACAUUAAUAAUAUUUAUAAUAAUAAUUUAGAAUUGAGCCCAAAUAAUUGUUUUCAUAAUGUUUAUUAUGAAAAUGAUAUAUUAUUAUCGUCAAAAAAUUUAAUACCUAAUUCUAGAGUUAUACCAGAUCCGAGUAAUGAUGUUAAAUUGUCAAAAAUGCAUUCAUAUAUGUCUUAUAUUAUACUCCCUGAUGAAAUAAAUGAAAAUGUUAAAAUUAGUUGCUCAUGCAAAAGAAAUGAAUAUGUCGGUACUAUGUUUUUAUAUGUAAAUACAUCGAAAAAUAUUUUAACGUACACUGGAAACAACGUAGAAGAAACUGCUCAUUUGAAUGACCACUAUAUUUCAAUUGGAGAUAUGUGGGACAUGGGCUUAUAUGAAAACCCUGAGCAAAUACAGAGCAUUAUUAGCAAUCAUGCAAAUAAAAAAUAUUAUGAACAUAUGAAAAUUUACAAAGGCAAUAAAAUGGAUCCUAGUGAUGAGGAUGAAUCGAAUGAGAAUGCACACAAUGGCAAUAGAGCAAAUAAAGAUGCUAAUUAUAGUGAGAAAAUGGUUGAUAAUAGAAGACAAAAAAAUAAUUCUCUCAAUCAUACUAAUUACCAUGGUAAUUAUAAUGAGAAUGACAAUGAAAUUAAUAUAUCUACCCAUGAUAAAUAUUAUGAGGAUCAUCAUUUGGGAAGCAAUAGACCUUUGAGAAAGAAAAGAACAUUUUGGCAAAACCUUUUUGGUACCUCUUCUUCUUAUUAUGAGGUCUUUAACUAUUUUUCAAUCGCAUUUAUUCUAAUUAUCCAUAUGCUCUUAUGGUGA